AUGAAGCGACGGAGCUUGCUCGCCAUUGGCGGCCUGAUCAGUGCUGCAACAGCACAGUAUGUGCCACCGCUGACCCCUGGCUUCAAGCGAAGACCUCCAAAGCCUCCGCCAUCGUAUAUGGUGGACAACACCGACAACACCUUCGGGGUCGCACCCGACAAAGGCGAUAUGAAAGCUCCAGCGGCUCACUCAGCAUACUUCGAAGCCCUGAAUACUAUAGUCAGCGAUGCUCUUGGACAGGUCAAUGUUGCCACAGAGUUACGGCAGGCGGGCCUCCGGGACGAUCCCGACUUCUGGCCAAAUAUUGUCAAGCAUGGCCAAUCACCAUUUGUGGAUAACGCAAGCCAGUACACUAUCUUUCGCAACGUCAAAGACUACGGUGCUCGCGGUGAUGGAGUUACUGACGAUACCCAAGCUAUCAAUGACGCAAUCGUCAACGGAGCUCGCUGUGGAGAGGGCUGUGGCCAGUCUUCGGCAUUGGGCGCCGUCAUCUACUUCCCUCCCGGCGAGUAUCAAGUGUUAUCACCACUAGUCCAGUACUACUAUACUCAGUUCGUCGGGGACGCCAACAACUAG